AUAAACUCUUUGAGUCUAUGUCCUUUUAAAUGCACACACCCGCAUGAACGACCCCCCGGCUCACAAAGCUAUCUAAAGUCCACAUCUCAUUCCUUGCCACCACCUCUCUCACACACAUACACACCUACUUAUUACACAUUCCUCAUCCGACAGCUCUGAUUGGUUGACAGCCAGGUGUGACCGGGGCCUCCAACCCUUGACGGAGGGUUUUAAUUGGUCGUUGUUGGUUUGUCCCUUUUCCAUUGUGCUUUCUCUUUACCUGCCUCUGUUUCGGGAGUGUGAGAGGUGUUGUCUGGUUUCAGUGUUGGUGUGUCUUUGUGUUAACGGACACACACCAUGUGGUUGCGGGUUCACUUCCCUGUUGUCCUGCCCUGAACUCUCUACUCUCUGGGCUCAGAGGAGGUGAGCGUUCUGACCGACCAGGUGGAGGCGCAGGGGGAAAAGAUCAGAGAUUUGGAGUCUUCUUUGGAGGAGCACCGACAGAAGCUGGCCUCCACAGAGGAAAUGCUGCAACAGGAGCUGAGGAGCAGGACGUCUCUGGAGACUCAGAAGUUGGACCUGAUGGAUGAAGUGUCCUACUUGAAGCUGAGGCUGGUCAGUGUGGAGGAGAUGCACACCAACACCCUCCCCCAGGUUCCUGCAGACAUCAAGAAUAACAAAGCUGAGUCCGUGGUAAAUCUCAUCAGUGAGCUUCAGGAGCAGAUGUGCAAGUUUCAGGAGGAGAUCAGCACCCGCAUCCAGGAGAAACGGGCCCUGGAGGGGAAGGAGGGGGGGCCCGGAGGCCACCCAACCCAGGACUGCAGUCCUCCUGUCGGACCCGUCUGCUCAGACCUGAGCCUCUCUGGGUCCGAUUCCCGGAGUUGCAAAGGAGGACAGACUGUGCACGAUUUGGUUCAGGAAGUUAAGGAGCUGAAGAACAAGGUGGGGGAGCUGGAAGGAGAGAAGAGCCAAUAUGAGAGGAAACUCCGAGCCACCAAGCUCUCCAUCUCUUAUUCUCUCCAUGUGUGUUACCAGUCGCUCAUGACCCAGCUGUCCAGCCUCAAGCUGACUGUGGAGCACACACAGCUGGAGAAGCAGCACUGGGAGGAGUGCUGGCGCGGUGCACAGGCAGAAAUGUCUGAGCUGCAGCAGAUUUUGGCCUCCAAAGAUGCUGAGAUUGAGUGCCUGCAGACCCAGCUGCUGGCCAGAGGCGGCAGCGCCAACAACGCGGCAGAGAGAGAGGAGGUGUAUAUCAAGCAUCUGAUUAACAAAUACCAGGAAUACCAGAGACUGAAGGUGGGGAUGGAGUCUCUGUUGGCCUCAAACGAUGAAAAGGAUCGCCGAAUAGAGGAGCUGACCAUUCUGCUCAGUCAGCAUAGAAAAAUGAGGGAAGUGAUGGCUCUCACACAGGGGAGCAGCGAAGAGGAGCUGAGCGGCAGUCUGAAGCUGAGGGCGAUCACACACAAAGCACACUCGGAUAUCAUCAGAUCUGAGAUGUCCUCCAGAGGAUCGUCUCCACUCAUGCUGUCUUCGUCCCCUUUUCAGGGAGAACUGGAAUCCUGUUUCCAGAACUCUGUGGACGCGUCGCUGUUGACCACCGGGGACAUGAGUUUCUUGAACGGCUCGCUACACCGGCACAGGUUACUGUCCAGCAGCCUGGAAGAGCUGCAGAGUGGAUCUCUACAGAAGGCUGGAGAGAUCCAGCAGGUUGAAACUGAAUCAGAUACAGGGAUUGAGAGUCCCCAACUAGAGCUGAGCAAGUACCAAACUCUGCCGGGGAAGCUGAGUAAAAAGAGCAAAGCGAAGGACGAGCUGAACGGCAGCAGAGGGACAAAUGCUGAGUAUUUGUCUCCUGUCCACUUCUCGCCUUGCCACAACGAAGACUACAGUCUGAUUCGCUGCAGGAGUGCCAGCGCUCCAGUUUUAGGAUCUCCAGGGAAACAUGACCUCUAUGAUGUUGACAAUCUGGAGAAACCAGACGAGUGCAUCUUGUCUGAUCAGUCCCCGCUGUCCUCUGGGGUGGACUCUGGACAGCAGUCUCCUGUCUCACCUGAGAAAAGGAAGGGCCAGAGAGGCAUUAGGAAACUUUGGGGGAGGAUUCGUCGCAGUCAGUCGGGGAGUCCUGUCCAGGCUCAUGACCCAGAGCUGGGAGACUUUAGGAGGGGAGGCUACAGAGCUACAGCUGGACCACGACUGGCCCGUUCUGGGAAAACACGAGAUCUAAAGUUGCCGUUCUCCAAGUGGAGCACGGAGCAGGUUUGCGACUGGCUGGAGGACAUCGGACUCGGGCAGUACGGCUUCCUCGCUCGCCACUGGGUCAGCAGCGGUCAGACGAUGCUGUCAGCCACCCAGCAUGACAUAGAGAAGGAGAUGUCCAUGAAGAAUCCACUCCACAGGAAGAAGCUGCAGCUCGCCAUGAAGACAGCCACCAGCAAACAGCCUGAGAAGUCAGCAGAGCUGGACUACGUCUGGGUCACCCGUUGGCUCGACGACAUCGGCCUUCCUCAGUACAAAGACCAGUUCAAUGAUGGAAGGGUGGACGGACACGUGCUGAAGUACCUCACUGUGAAUGACUUGUUGUUCCUCAAAGUGACCAGCCAGCUGCACCACCUGAGCAUCAAGUGUGCCAUUCGCGUUCUCCACGUCAACCAGUUCAACCCGAACUGCCUCAAACGCAGACCCAGCAACGAGAACCAGUUCAGUCCCAGUGAGGUCAUGCAGUGGUCCAACCACAGAGUCAUGGAGUGGCUGAGGUCUGUGGACCUGGCCGAGUACGCUCCCAACCUGAGGGGCAGCGGUGUGCACGGCGGGCUGAUAAUGCUGGAGCCUCGGUUUAACUCUGACACAUUGGCCAUGUUGCUGAACAUCUCUCCACAAAAAACACUACUAAGGCGCCACUUAAACACCAAUUUCAGCAACCUGGUGGGUGCGCAGGCUCAGCAGGAGAAGAGGGAGUACACCGAGGCAGCAGGAUACGCCCCGCUCAGCGUCACUGCUAAAGUCAAGCCAAAGAAGUUGGGUUUCUCCAGCCUGACUCACCUCCGGAGGCGACGGCCGGACGAUUCCACGGACUAUGUCUGUCCCAUCGGGUCCUCACCUGAGUCCGGGCUGCAGGCGCCAAACGGGGUACAGAUGCGUCCGUUUGCGGGAUUCAGAGGUCUGAGCCCUAUUCUGGACCGGGAACCUGCCAGGGACCAGAUGGCGAAUUCAGAACGCGCCGUUUCGGAAAUAGAAGCGUUGUCUGAAAGCAUCAACAACCUCACAGUAAGCUCCGACACACACAAGCUGCUGGGUAAUGACUCGCACAGCUCGCCGCUUCUCGUCCGCAGUAACGGAAGUUUGAGCUGCAGACUAAAGAUUCUGCUGAUGAGCAGAAAAGCACAAAACUGAGUUUCAUUUCACGCCGUCGUCUUGCAGCUGCGCUCCUUCUGCCGAGGUUUUGACAGCAGUGGAUCCAAAAGGCUUUAAGUAACCAACAUGCAGUCUUUGUGCUUAAAAACCGCCUAAAGCUGCAGCCCCGACGAAGCUCUGAUUCUUUUUACAGUAAAACGGCACCGUGCAAAGAUUUUAGACCACCCUUAAUGUUUUUAUUUCACUUGCAAGUUGCAGAACUUUCCUGUAAUCUCCCAAAGUAGUUUUUAUCUUCAGAAUGAACAGAUUUUCAGUUGAAAACAUCCCUGAACACCACUAUGUCGUUGCUUUAGAAUAAGUAAGCAAAGUGGACAUUUACAGCAAAUGGACUGCAUCUGAAAGUCAUGCACUCAGGAAGAAAGACGAGAGGUGUCCAAUCUCAGUUCUGCAGGGCCACCAUCCUACAAAGGAGACUCCUCGCUUCAGCACACCUGAUCGUAAUCAUCAGGUGACUAACGGGUUUCUGCAGGUGUUGUCGGACGAAGGCCCAGUGCCUCAAAGUGCUGAGGCUUGAGUUUAUUAUGAGGCUGGGAGAGGUCGUUUCUGAGUCGUGAUCUGGUUGUUUGGCUAAGAGGGGGGUGUACUAUGUUUCUGAGUUGGGGGUGUUUGGUUCCCUGUGUGGGGCGGUGGUGAUAGCUGCUCGGUGUCUGGGGUUUGAUGCACGUGGGUCCACUCUGCUGUUGAUUACUUUCGACACGGUGGAGCUUCCUGCUUGUGUCAGGUUGGGCUCCCUUAUGGGCCAUUCCCAUCUGUACCGGGUCGGCCCGGGCCGGGUAGCCCCAGUCGGCCCCAGCCUGGCCCGGUUGAUUCCACACAUCCUUGUCUUAAGCCCAUGUGGGCUGAUUCUACCCACCAAUCAGAGGCUUGCUCUAAUGGAAGGUGUGGAUUUGCUGUCAGCAGUGGGUGUGUUGGCCCUGGUCGGCCUGAAGCAGACCCCCUCGAGAAGAGGGCUGAGAAUGAGCCUUGGUUGGCCCGGAAAAGUACCAGGCCACCCAGAUAUGUAAACAACCUACGCUACCCGGCCCGGGCCGACCCGGUACAGAUGGGAAUGGCCCGUUAGUUACCCGGUCAGGGCAUACAAGAGUCUCCUUUGAGGUGCUUUAGAUGUCAGGGCUUUGGUCAUGUGGCCGGUGCCUGUGUGGUGGGGGUGACCAUGAGGGCAAGAGUUGUGAUCUUUCGCUCCGCUGUCGCAACGGUGGUGGGCAGCAUCAAGCGGCGUACAGGGGUUGUGUGGAGUGUAGGACGGCAGUGGAAGUGGGGAAGUUUCAGGCUG